GGGAAAUCUGUUGAUUGUCGAGUGCCAAAUAAACAGGGAUGGAUAGGAAAAGGUCAAAGCCAUCAGGUGCACAAUUUAGAAAAAAAAGAAAAGCAGAAGAGGAGAAACGAGCAAAAGAUAAAGGGGCACUUCUAAAAUAUUUUGGAGCAUCCUCUGCCACUGGUCAGGAUGAGCCACCCACCUCCCCCGCUACACAGGCCUCUUCUGGAAUGGUCUCGACUCUUCAGGAUGAGCUACCAUCUAUGUCCUCAGCUACACAUACAGUAUGUCUUCACAAAUUUCUCCACAAAUAUCUGAUAUUGAGGAUGAAGUCAACUUUGCCUCUACUUCUCUCCAGCAUGAGCCUUCAGAAAUGCCUGGAGCUGAACCCCCACUGAGCCCCACUGCUGAGGAUGAGCCUCUGUCAACCGACCCUGCUAACAGGCCCUCACAUCUGACUGACAGGAUUCGGACUGAGCUGGUUCGCAGAGGACCAUGUAAGGUGCCACCUGGCUUUGUUUUCAGUAGGAAUGAGAGUGAUGGGAGAAGUUGCCACCACCAAUAUUUUAGGAAGAUAUUAGUAAGUGGUGAAAAGAUGGCAAGAAGUUGGCUGAUUUAUUCAGUGAAGAACAACAGCCUCUUUUGCUUCUGCUGCAAAUUGUUUUCCAAGAGGAACAUUAAUUUAACAAGUGCAGGAAUGGCAAAUUGGAAACAUGCGAGCGAUUACCUUACAUCACACGAAAACAGUCCAGAACACCUCAAUUGCAUAAAAGCAUGGAAAGAACAGUCAGUGAGGUUAAAAAGUGGGGAAACUAUUGAUAAGCUGGAGAUGGCACUUCUGGAGGCUGAGAGGGUAAGAUGGAGAGCAGUGCUGACACGUCUCACUGCUAUCGUGCAGUCACUGGCACUUCGAAAUUUGGCUCUAAGGGGACACACAGAAACACUGUUCACACCAUCAAAUGGGAAUUUUCUCAAAGAGGUCGAACUUAUGGCUAGGUUUGAUCCCAUUAUGAAAGAUCACCUUAACCGUGUCGAAAGAGGAACAGCAAAUCAAAACAGCUACCUAGGCCAUCAUGUGCAGAAUGAGCUGAUUGAUUUGUUGAGCAGCAAAAUCAUAUCUUCUAUAGUGGAUGACAUCAAGCAGGCAAAGUUUUUUUCUGUAAUUCUGGACUGCACCCCAGAUAUAAGUCACACAGAAAAGUUGUUAGUGGUCAUUAGAGUGGUGUCACUGAUGGAGAAGCCCCAUAUCAGGGAACAUUUUAUGGGAUUUUUGGAGGCAGAGGAGUCCACAGGCCAGCACUUGGAAUCCAUGAUCCUGACGAGACUUGAGGAGUUGGGAAUUCCUUUUGAAGACUGCAGAGGACAUUCAUAUGACAACGGGGCAAACAUGAAAGGCAAAAAUAAGGGAGUUCAAGCCAGGCUCUUAGAAAAGAAUCCACGAGCUCUGUUUGUGCCAUGUGGAGCGCAUACAUUGAAUUUAGUUGUGUGUGAUGCUGCUAAGGGAUCUGUUGAUGCUAUAAGUUACUUUGGUGUCCUGCAAAAGCUCUACACAUUAUUUUCAGCCUCCACCCAAAGAGGGCCAUACUGAAGAACCAUGUGAGCAUCACCUUAAAGAUGUGGGCAGAAACAAGGUGGGAGGGCAAGGUCAAGAGCGUCGAACCCAUGAGGUACCAGGGAGCUGCUGUGAAAGAGGCUUUAAUUGAGGUGAGAGACCACACCAAAGACCCUGCUAUAAAGGCUGAGGCCCAGUCUUUGUCUGAGGAGGUGGGGUCAUACCGCUUCAGCAUCUGCACGGUUGUUUAGUAUGACAUGUUAUCUGCAAUACAGCAUGCCAGCAAACUCAUGCAGUCUUCUAGUAUGGAUGUUGACCUAGCUGUGAGUCUUUUGAAGAAGACUGAGUGAGAUCUCCAGAGCUACAGGCCAAGUGGCUUUGUGACUGCACAGAUGGCGGCCAAAGACAUUUGUGAAGAGAUGAAUGUGGAGGCUGUUUUAAAACAAAAAAGGCUGAGGUCCACAAAGCGGCACUUCUCAUAUGAAUCACAUGAUGAGCCUUUCAGUGAUGCACUUAGGAAGUUGGAGGUUGGAUUCUUCAACGUUGUCGUUGAUGCAGCCAUGUCAGCCAUCAAGGAGAGAUUUUCCACAUUGGAAAAUGUGAGAAAGAAAUUCAGGGUUUUGACAAAUUUCCCAAGUCUUGCAGGUGAGGAGCUGGCAGAGCAAUGCGAGGCACUAUGCAGCACACUGCACUUUAAGGGGCACUCUGAUGUGGACAGUAGAGAGCUUGUGCAGGAAAUUAAGAACUUCCCUGAACUGCCAUCAAAGACCAUGAGCCUCCUUGAGCUUAUCACUUUUAUGCAUAAUAAGGAUCUAUCGGAGAUCUACCCCAAUUUUUGGACUGCUAUCAGGAUUGCACUUACUCUGCCAGUCACUGUGGCUCAAGCAGAGAGGAGCUUUUCAAAACUAAAUUGAUCAAGUCAUACCUGAGAUCAACCAUGUCCCAGGAACGGCUCACUGGCCUUGCCGUCAUCAGUAUCAAUCACUCAAUAGGGGAGCAGAUUUCAUACAUCAUUGAUGAUUUUGCAUCAAGGAAAGCCAGAAAAGUCAGGUUUUAGUUUUAGUUUGUGUUUUCUGUUCUUAGUGCAAUAGUGUAAUAAUUAGAUUCUCUUUAGUGUGUUUUCACAUUUGUGUGUAAUAUAUAAUAUAUAUAUUCUAUUCUAUAUUUUAUUUGUAUAUUAUUCUUAAUGUGUUAUAUUAUUGUUGCUCUCUGCACUUGUUACAUUUUUUAUAUAUCUGAUUGUAUAUAUGUUUGGCACAUUUAUGUAUAUAGUGUAUAUUUAAGUUCUGAUAACUGUCAUUGUUUGCCAAAAGACAGUGAACACAAUUCUGCACAAUGUCGGAUGUUAGGAAGGAUUUGUGUAAUUGAGAAAUAUAAAUUUAUCUUUAAGAGAAAUGUUGUUAUAAUAAAAUAUGACUGUUUGUGGAUAAUUUUGUGCAUGUGUGUGGCGCUCAAAGGUGGUCUCACCCAGGGUGCAAUUCAAUGUAGAACCGCCACUGUUUGCAACCUGAUAGGUUGGUAUACAAGAAGAGGUGUCCUUAGAUUUUUGAGCCAAGAGGAUUUUCAGUGGAUUAUUUAAAAUAGGGCCUACCAAUCUGUAAUUUAAAUAAUUACAUUAAACGAUUAUUGCAUGCCUGUGACAGAAACCUUUAUUAUUUUGUCAAUCAAAUCGGGUCACGUUCUGCCAUAGGCGACGUCACUAGGCUGCCUCCAAGUUUGUGCCCAGUGCG